AUGGCGUCUGAGCUGUCUCUGCAGAGGCCGCGGUGGCACACAUGCCCUGAAAGUGCAAGCAGCAUCGAGGAAGCGGGAGAGGAGAGGAGACUGUCUGUGGACGGCUGCACAGAUUGGUCGGUGGACUACCUGAAGUACCGGGUGCUGCAGGGUGAGCCGGUGCGGCUGAAGUGCGCUCUGUUCUAUGGUUACAUCCGGGCCAACUACAGCCAGGCGCAGAGCGUGGGCCUCAGCCUCAUGUGGUACCGCAGCUCCGGCCUGGGCCACAGUGACUUCGAGGAGCCCAUCUCUUUCGACGGCGUACGCAUGAGCAAGGAGGAGGACGCCAUCUGGUUCAGACCAGCUGACCUCCAGGAUGCGGGCCUCUACUCCUGCGUCUUGCGGAACUCCACAUACUGCAUGAAGGUGUCCAUGUCCCUGACUGUGGCGGAGAAUGACACGAACCUGUGCUACAACUCCAACAUGAGACUAAACGAGAAGGCCGAGCUCAGCAAGAGCAAAGACAUCCUCUGUCCCGACAUAGAUGACUAUGUGGAACCCGGCAAAGAGCCGGACAUCACCUGGUAUAAGGAGUGCCGUCCGAAGCAGUGGCGUGCCACUAUCAUCCAGAAGAGAGACAUUCUGUCUAUCCAGGAGGUAAAGGAAGAUGACAUUGGGAAUUACACCUGUGAAGUCCAGUUUGGUGGCUUUUUGGUGAGGAGGACGACUGAGCUCACGGUGACUGCUCCUUUGACCGACAAGCCGCCAAAGAUCCUGUUUCCCUCUGAAAGCAAGAUUAGCAACAUGGAGCUGCAGCUAGGAAGUGCUUUGAACCUGACUUGCCGGGCGUUUUUUGGGUACAGCGACGCCAGCCCACUCAUCUACUGGAUGAAGGGAGAGAAGUUCAUAGAGGACUUGGACGAGGAGAGAGUUCAGGAGAGCGACAUCAAGAUUGUCAAGGAGCAUCUUGGUGAGCAUGAAGUGGCCAUUUCCUUGACUAUUGACUCCUUGGAGGAGGAGGACCUGGGAAAUUAUUCCUGUUAUGUGGAAAAUGGUAACGGCCGUCGCCAAGCUACCAUCCAGCUCCUCAGGCGAGCAGAGCUCAUGUACACCGUGGAGCUGGCAGGAGGGCUGGGAGCGAUCCUGCUGCUACUCAUCUUCCUCAUCUCCCUCUACAAAUGCUACAAGAUAGAGCUGAUGCUUUUCUAUAGGAGGCACUUUGGCAGCGAGGACGUGGAUGGAGAAAACAAAGACUAUGAUGCAUACCUGUCCUACACCAAAGUGGACCCUGACCAGUGGAGUCAGGAGACCAGGGAGGAGGAGCGUUUCGCCCUGGAGAUCCUCCCUGACGUCCUGGAGAAACAUUAUGGCUACAAACUCUUCAUCCCAGAUCGAGACCUCAUUCCAACAGGAAGUCUCACCAAUGAGCAUUACCAGGAUGACACACGACUCUUUGGAGCCUACAUAGAGGACGUGGCACGCUGUGUGGACCAGAGCAAACGCCUCAUUAUAGUCAUGACGCCCAACUACGUGGUGCGGCGGGGGUGGAGCAUCUUUGAGCUGGAGACGCGGCUGCGCAACAUGCUCGUGACCGGUGAGAUCAAAGUCAUCCUGAUCGAGUGUGCCGAGUUGCGCGGCAUCAUGAACUACCAGGAGGUGGAGGCCCUCAAGCACACCAUUAAAACCCUCACUGUCAUCAAGUGGCGCGGCACCAAGAGCAACAAGCUCAACUCCAAGUUCUGGAAGCAGCUGCAGUACGAGAUGCCGUUCAGGCGCACAGAGCCCAUGCUCACCCACGAGCCGGCGCUGGACGUCAGCGAGCAGGGCCCCUUUGGAGAGCUGCAGACCGUCUCCGCCAUCUCCAUGGCAGCAGCCACCUCCACCGCCAUGGCCACCGCCCACCCCGAGCUGCGCUCCUCUUUCCACAACACCUACCACACCACCAUGAGGCAGAAACAGUACUACCGCAGCUACGAGUAUGACAUACCCCCUGGUGGGACCCUGCCACCUCUCUCCUCUCUGGGGAACCAGCACACCUACUGCAACAUCCCGCUGACACUGCUGAACGGACAGAGGCCUCCCGGGAAGAGCCGAGAGCACAGCCUGGAGGAGGCGCAUGCCAACAACGCCAUGCUCCCCCUGCUGCCAAGAGAAACCAGCAUCUCCAGCGUCAUCUGGUAA